GUCGAGUUGACCGUCUGGGCUGCUUCUGAGGGAUCAACGUGACUCGCUGUCAAGUUCAGCCACUGCCCAAGUCGUUGUUAAGCUGGUGAUGAGAUGGGGGUCAACCAGUCCAUGAGCUUUCCGCCUGUCACGGGACCCCACCUCGUAGGCUGUGGGGAUGUGAUGGAGGGUCAGAGCCUCCAGGGCAGCUUCUUUCGACUGUUCUACCCGUGCCAAGAGGCAGAGGAGACCUCGGAGCAGCCGCUGUGGAUUCCCCGCUAUGAGUACUUCGCUGGCCUGGCCGAAUACCUGAAGUUUAAUAAGCGCUGGGGGGGGUUACUGUUCAACCUGGCUGUGGGAUCUUGUCGCCUGCCUGUUAGCUGGAAUGGCCCCUUUAAAACAAAGGACUCUGGAUACCCCUUGAUCAUCUUCUCUCAUGGCAUGGGAGCCUUCAGGACACUCUAUUCAGCCUUCUGCAUGGAGCUGGCUUCUCGUGGCUUUGUGGUUGCUGUACCAGAGCACAGGGAUGGGUCAGCUGCGGCCACCUGUUUCUGCAAGCAGACCCCAGAGGAGAAUCAGCCUGAUGAGGCCCUGGAGGAGGAAUGGAUCCCCCACCGUCAAAUUGAGGAAGGGGAGAAGGAAUUCUAUGUUCGGAACUGCCAGGUGCACCAGAGGGUGAGCGAGUGUGUGAGGGUGUUGAAGAUCCUACAGGAGGUCACUGCUGGGCAGACUGUUAUCAACAUCUUGCCUGGCGGGUUGGAUCUGAUGACCUUGAAGGGCAGCAUUGACGUGAGCCGCGUGGCUGUAAUGGGACAUUCGUUUGGAGGGGCCACAGCUAUUCUGGCCUUGGCCAAGGAGACGCAAUUUAGGUGUGCUGUGGCUUUGGAUGCUUGGAUGUUUCCUCUGGAGCAUGACUUUUACCCCACGGCCCGAGGCCCUAUCUUCUUUAUCAACGCUGAGAAGUUCCAGACAGUGGAGACUAUCAACUUGAUGAAGAAGAUUUGUGACCAGCACGACCAAUCCAGGAUCAUAACUGUCCUGGGUUCUGUUCAUCGGGGUCUAACCGACUUUGUUUUUGCGGCUGGUAACUGGAUUAGUAAAUUCUUCUCCAGUCACACCCGUGGAAGCUUGGACCCCUAUGAAGGUCAGGAGACCGUGGUGCGGGCCAUGUUGGCCUUCCUGCAGAAGCAUCUUGGCCUGAAAGAGGACUAUGACCAAUGGAACAACUUCAUUGAAGGCAUUGGACCAUCACUAACCCCAGGGGCCCCACGCCAUCUGUCCAGCCUGUAGGCACAACUGGUCAUUUGUGGAAGGUCCCUGAGCUGAGUUCCCGUGUGGGGCCUGCCCAGGGAUACCCUUGGCCUCCUAUCAGGAAGUGAUUGCCAUGACCCUUCUGUGGUGAUUGAGAGGAUAUAAUCACACUGCUGAUUGGUAACGGGGUACUUGAAUCUCAGACUUGUCGAUCUUAAACUCAUGUUGGGACUUGGGUCACUUACUGAUGGGCGAACGGACAUUCUGAGGACUGAGCCUUAAUGGUAUGGGGUACAAGCAGUGGGAUCGGGCUGGGGAAGACCUAAGCCCUAAGCUGAGCACUAUGAGCCCUAUUAACCUAGCCAGCCAACCCCCUCACCUUGGGCCAAUGUGGCUUCUGCAGUGGAAGAAAUGAAGCCAAAAGACGGAGGGAAAAUUCCCACCAUCCGGACCUCCAGCCCAACUUGGCACUGUCUCUUCCUCCUUCUCUGCCUUUCCCUCCUCCCCAGGGCUGCUUGGUGAGUUCUGAGCACCUUAGGUGGCUUUCUAGGAUCUGGACCACCAUCAGAUUUUUCUGUUUAUUUUCAAGCCUUCUCAUCUCAUGAAGCAUAGUCCUGGUCUUCAGGAGAAGGUAUACUUGUUAGCCUAUAGAAGGGGCAGAUAGCCUUGUCAUGAUAGCGCAGGGAAAGAGGCUGAGGGACAAGGGGUACCCCAAAGCUCUGCAUGUCUUAAGAGUUUUGCUGAAAAUCUCACUUGACAGGAAACAACACAAGUAGGUUGAUGGAGAAAGUAGAAUACACUGGUAAGUAGCCAUUUGAACAGGCCCUCACCACAAAAGGGAGAGAGUUUGGUCAGUUCGAAUGCAGGAAGCCAUCUCUAGAGAGAAGUCUAGAAACACUUCAGUUUCGCCUCUUACCUCAGGUGUCGUGAGCCUCCAACUUGUUCAGGAUCAGGGUGCUCUAGUGGCCUGUCUCCUGGCUCUGAGGGCCUAGCCUCAGAGUUAAGUCAAGCUAUAGACUGGAUUUCCGUUUUGUCCCAUUUGUAAUGUGAAUGAUAUUAAUACUCAUGUUUGCCUAAUGAUAUGUUGGAGUAUUUUCUAUAUUUAAUCUUCAUUACAGCAAGAUGGGGAG